CCCCUGCGGAAGCCAUAGUCACAAGAGGGACCAGGCUGGGUCAUCCUGGCUCACUCUAACCCUGGCUCUUCCCUCCUUUCCUCUAUUCCAAGACAGGUGCCUAGACCUUCUUGACAAGACUUCCUCUAUGCUUUUACUCUCAAGUUAGGAAAGCGAGGCGGUGAGCGAUUGGAACUCUCGAAACUGUUGAGGAAUAGGGGUUCUUGAAGGCCCCCUAGGGCCUGGCUCUGACAAAGCAUCUGCAAUUAAUGAUGCUUCUUGAGCUUUGGAGACAGAAUUUAUGCAUCUAAUAAAGUCUGUAACUCCAGCCUUAGGGGCUGGGGGCCGGAGGCUGGGAGCAGGAAGUCCCAGAGGUGCCGUGGGAGGGGCUCCCAGGCGGCUCCUCAUGGAGCGAUGCAUUUCCCUCGCCUGCUCUAGACUGCCCCUCAGGCUGCCGCGGGGUGGGGGGCUCAGGCCACCGCAGGUAUAAGAAGCGGGUAUGGCUCCAGGAAGGCAGAUGGCAGCAUGGAGCCCAGGCGGGCCGCAGUGCUGCUGAUGGUGCUGCUACUAACAGAUGGAGGCUGUGCUGGAGGACCAGGCGAUGGAGGUGAAGACCAGAUCUUCAUGGAGGAAGACAGCGGAGCCUACCCACUGCAGGAGGUCCAGACCCCUGGGUCACUCCUGCGUUCCCUGCUCCAGGCCAUGCAGAGACCUGGCCGGAGCCCAGCCUUUCUGUUCCAGCCCCAGAGGUUUGGCAGAAACGCCCGGGGCUCCUGGAGCAGUGAACAGCUGAGUCCCCAAGCGGGGGAGGGGCUCAGCUCCCCCUUCUGGAGUCUGGCUGCCCCUCAGCGCUUUGGGAAGAAGUGACCUGUCAUCCCUUGAUAUGUAUGCAUGCGAAGCUCCCAACUACAAGGGCCAGGCCUCCCCUCCUCCCCUAAUAAAGCUGUGGCUUCUGAA